AUGGAGGCAAACACAGACCAAAUCCCGGGCGCUGCCCCAGCUCAAAGAGGCGACAGCGAGGCCGCCUUCCAGCAAUUCGAUUCCUACCCAUGGGCAAGGGACCGCUCGUUCCUUCAAGGCCUCAUGGCAACCUUGGGCCCCUCGCUCAUCAACAACACUACUGAUGGCUUCACUCGUCAAAAGGCCUUGAGUACCACCCUCCAAGCUCGCAUCUGGUGGUACAGGUCCCGUUUCAACACCGACAUCGACCGUACGCUGUACGAGUCCUACAGCGCUUUCCACCAGCAAUCCUGCCCAGACGGUGUCAUUCUCACCAAGCUCGAGGAAAUCCAGCAACGCAUGAACGGCGCUGCUCCUGGCCCAGCCCCCUCUUCCGGCCAGAAUAUCCCUGCUUGGCAGCUGAAUGCUCCCAAGGUCGACCUCAGCAAGAAGGCCGACGAUGGUGCCAACCAUAGCAACACGGGCGAUGGAGCGCCGUAUCCCGAGAACUUCCAAGCUCUAAUUGAGGCUGUUACGACAGGCAAGCCGAUUCCUGGGAUCAAGGAGAUUCCGGAUACCGUUGUGCGACCGCCGGGCGUCACCCCUUUCGGCAAGAUGAAAGCACCCCGCAAGCCCUGGGAGAAAGCCGUCCCGUCCGAUACGGUGGGACAGGACAGCGUGUUUGGCGAUGUGGUGGACAAGGAGUUCCCUCCCCUGGCCUAG